GGAGAGAGUGGCAAAAGCACGUUCAUCAAGCAGAUGAGAAUCAUCCAUGGAUCAGGUUACUCCGAUGAAGACAAAAGGGGCUUUACAAAACUGGUGUACCAGAAUAUAUUUACAGCAAUGCAGGCCAUGAUCAGAGCCAUGGAUACCCUCAAAAUCCUAUACAAGUAUGAACAUAACAAGGCUCAUGCACAGCUAGUUCGAGAAGUCGAUGUAGAGAAAGUGUCAACUUUUGAGAACCCAUACGUAGAUGCAAUAAGAAGCUUAUGGAAUGACCCUGGAAUUCAGGAGUGUUACGAUAGACGACGGGAAUAUCAGUUAUCAGAUUCAACUAAAUACUAUCUUAAUGACUUGGACCGCAUAGCAGAUUCCACCUACCUGCCAACUCAGCAAGAUGUGCUCAGAGUUCGAGUCCCAACAACAGGGAUCAUUGAAUAUCCGUUCGACUUACAAAGCGUCAUUUUCAGAAUGGUGGAUGUAGGAGGCCAACGAUCAGAAAGAAGAAAAUGGAUACAUUGCUUCGAAAACGUCACAUCUAUCAUGUUCCUAGUAGCUCUUAGUGAAUAUGACCAAGUGCUUGUGGAGUCAGAUAAUGAG